CAUGUGAUCUCAUCCUCCAAAACCCCUCACUCUAUAAGAGGCGAGAUAUUUUUUUUCCUCCUCCCUCAGUUCUUCGGCUUUAAGCCUAAACCCUAGCCGCUUCCAUUCAAAGUUUAUGCAUCAAAUCCGUCGCUUCCUUUUCUGAGGCCAUACACUUAGUUAUAAUGGCAUUGUGUAAUAAACUUGGGAGUCUAUUAAGGCAGAGUGCCGCACGGAGCGGACAUGUACCGGUUGGGUCGAUGCUGAAUUAUGUUCGCUGCAUGUCAUCCUCUAAGCUUUUCAUUGGCGGCCUUUCUUAUGGAGUUGAUGAUCAGUCUCUCAGGGAUGCAUUUACCAGCUUUGGAGAUGUGGUAGAGGCAAGGGUUAUAACUGAUAGAGACACUGGAAGGUCAAGAGGGUUUGGAUUCGUUAACUUCUCCAGUGACGAAUCUGCAAGUUCAGCUCUUUCUGCAAUGGAUGGGCAGGAGCUAAAUGGAAGAAACAUUCGGGUGAGCUAUGCAAAUGACAGACCACCUAGACCUCGAUCCUUUGGUGGCGGCGGCGGAUAUGGUGGCGGUGGUUAUGGUAGGGAUGAUGGAGGUUUUGGCAAUCCAUCCUUCUAAAUAUGCGGCACCUUAUGCUGUGCUCCUCGUUUUAUUGUGUCAAUGUUAGUUCUUGAAUUACUUGAUUUUAGUCAAGUUCGUGUGACUCGGCAACUGGAGUUAUAAAAUUUCCUGAAGUUCAUAUUUA